UCUACUUUCACGCUGCACUCAAAGCAUAUCAUGGCGUCCAAAAGCAAGUUCUGACAAGGCCCGGUACCAGCUGUAUUUUAUAUGUCAUUUUAAACCUCCUGCUUGCGUCCUGAUGUCUUCUGAUGAGUAUCCAAGCGCCCCGGUGGAAGGGCUCGACCUCGGCGAUAAACUGUCCUUCCACGGCAGCUCGGAAAAACUGAGCCCAUCUACUGUCAACCGCAUUCUGACAGAAUUCCUGAUGUAUUUCAUCCGGAGUAUAGUGGUCUUCUACCCCGUCUAUAUAACAGGAUACCUGGGCCUCAGCAUCAGCUGGGUGCUGCUGUGCAUGCUGAUGGUCACUUGGUGGAAGAAGAAUCGACAGUGGAAGGAUUCCAGGAUCGGAACCGCCAUCGACUUUGUGGAUAAUGAAACGGAGGUGGUCAACACGGAGCUGAAGAACUCCCUACAGAUGGCAACAUGGAUCCAUUUCACUGAUAUGGAGAAAGUCGAGUGGGUUAACAAGGUGUUGGAGCAGGCGUGGCCUUUUUUUGGGAUGUACAUGGAGAAGCUCCUUCGAGAAAACAUUCAGUCGGCCGUCCAGCAAUCCAGCUCGGAGCUCAAAACAUUCACUUUUACCAAGAUCCACUUUGGACACAUACCGCUCCGGAUCACUGGAAUGAAAGCAUACACCCAUGAAGUGGAUCACAGAGAGGUGGUUCUGGACAUGAAUAUCAGUUACGAGGGUGAUGUGGACAUCGACGCAGAAUUGAAGUCUGCAAUCACAGCUGGUGUCAAGGGACUCAAACUUCGGGGGAUGAUCCGAGUCAUUCUGGAGCCACUCAUUGGUCAAGCACCACUCGUGGGAGGGGUCACCUUCUUUUUCAUUCGCCGCCCUACCCUUGAAAUCAACUGGACUGGCAUGACAAACAUUUUAGACAGCCCCGCCUUCAGUUCCUUGUCUGAGGGGACCAUCAUGGACAUCAUUGCCUCUCUCAUGGUGUUGCCCAACCGCAUGUGCUUUCCGCUUAUUGACCAAGUGAAAGUGGACCAGAUGAGGUUUCCACUGCCUCGUGGGGUGGUGAGAGUCCAUUUACUGGAGGCCAGAGACCUGGUGGCCAAGGACACGUACAUGAUGGGUUUGGUGAAGGGCAAGUCGGACCCCUAUACAACUCUACGUGUCGGAGACCGAAGUGUCAAGAGCAAGACUGUCAAAGAGAAUUUGCAUCCGAAAUGGGGGGAAGUCUAUGAGUUUGUUGUCCAUGAAGCCCCUGGCCAAGAACUAGAGGUGGAGAUAUUUGAUGAAGAUACGGACAAAGAUGACUUCAUUGGAAGGUAUCACCUCGAUCUUGGAGAAGUAAAGAAGCUGAAAGAAAUGGAUCAGUGGUUUCCUCUUGAGGGUGUUCAACAUGGAGAAGUUCAUCUGAAGCUUCAUUGGCUUUCACUUCAAAGUGACUCCACUUUGCUGAAGGAGUGUGCUGAUGGCUAUGCCUGUGCAAUGCUUGCAGUAUAUCUGGACAAUGCCUCAAACCUGCCUAAAGACCUCCGUGAGAUUGAGCAUCAUCAGAAAAAGAAGCAUGAACGAGAAGCUCGGCUCACAAGGAAGUCCACCGGUCCAAGCUCCUACGUGGAACUUUCCAUUGCAGAUGAACAUCGAAAAAGCAAGGUUGUAUUCGCAAAUAAAGACCCAGUGUGGGAAGAAGGCUUCACCUUCUUCGUUCAUGAUGUCAAAACACAGCAGCUUCUUAUUCAGGUCAAAGAAAACGAGAAGAAGACACAACUUGGUGUGCUCCGUCUGCCCCUCAGUCGCUUCCUCAACGUCUCCAACAUGACACUCGACCAGCGCUUCCUGCUGGAGCAGUCUGGAGCAAAUAGCCAGCUCAAAAUGAAGGCCACUCUGAGGAUCCUGACUCUGGAAAAGCCGCCGCCCAAAACGAUCAUCACUCCUCAAGUCAAACAGAGCAACCCAGGCGCUACUUCCGCAUCCUCCACGUCAGCACUUCCUUCCAACACAAGUCCUGUCAGUCAAGCCUCAUCUGCAGCCAAGCCAACCAAUCCUCAGCCAGGCUUUACUGAUGAAUAUUCAACACACCGGCGUGGUUCCUAUCUGGCUUCCGAAACCUUGAGGCCGUCCCCAGCUGUAGCAAACAUGCGGCGCUACGAUUCCCACAGCCUUCUGUCAGAGAACUCACUGGCUUCAUCCCGCUUUGAUCUGGCAGAUGGAGCCUCAUAUCCAGAGGCCCUCCGUAAACAUCGGGGUUCAUUUGGGGAGAUCAGCCUGACUGUGCGCUAUGCCACACUGCGAAAUAAACUUGUCAUCAUGGUUAACUCCUGCAGGGACCUCUUCCCCUGUAGUGAAAACGGCACAGACUCCUAUGUGCGCCUGUAUUUGCUGCCAGACCAAACCUGGCGACACCGUAAAAGGACCCAUGUCAAAAAGAGGACCGUCAAUCCGAUCUUUGAUGAAAAGUUUGAGUUUAAUGUGUCCCUUGAGGAGGCCCAAACUCGCACAUUGGAUGUGGCAGUGAAAAACAACAAGAUGUUGCACAGGCGGGAAAGAAAGGAUAUUGGAAUGGUACACGUCGUUCUUUCCCAGCUGGAUUUAGUCAAAGGAGUCAAAAACUGGUACAAGCUCAUGUUACAAGGCAUGAUGACACCAAGCACGUCGGGGCUAUAAAAGUCCAGCUCUUCAGCUGUACUGCAAGUUUACAAAAGGUGUAUUAAAAUAAAUGAAUGGACACGACUGUUUCAUUUGCUUUAUGUUUGAAAUGAAAAACUACCAAAUGCUGUCAGUGACAUACUGUAUGCUGACAUACAAUGAGCCAUAUGCUCCAAUUCUGUAGCUGUAAAUGUAGACGAUUUCAUUUGACAAGCAGGAACCUGGUUAAUGUUACAAGUGUAAACUUUUCUACUAGUUCACCGGAUGCUGAGAGUCAUGAAUGUUUGUAUUUCUGCUGUUUAGAUCAAGAGCUUUUAUCAGGACCCAAAAGGGGGUCAUGGACAGCUAUUCACCAAUGAAAAAUAAACUAUUUAAU